AUGGUCAAAGUCAACAGAAGAAAAAACAAAAACAAAAUUUUUAACAUUUUUCCUCAUGAUUUUUCUCCGUCAGAUCCUGUGGUGAAGCGUCGGCCAGCGGCGCCGUCGCCCGCCAACGUCCAACUGGACGGCCAGGAGGUGCGUUCCCUCCGCCAGCACAGCACGGCGCCCCCCGGGGGCCUGGUGCAGACCGACAGCCCCAACUUCCUCUGCAGCAGCCUGCCGCAGCACUGGAGGUGUAACAAGACGCUGCCGAGAGCCUUCACUGUGGUUGCCCUGGGCAACGACGUGCCGGACGGCGUGGUGGUCAUAGUCAUGGCCGGCAACGACGACAACAUCAGCGCUGAGCUCCGCAACGCCACGGCGACCAUGAAGCAAGGUUGUGCCCACUUCAACGACCUCCGCUUCAUAGGCCGCAGCGGGAGAGGUAAGAGUUUCAACCUCUACAUCAACGUGCUGACCACGCCCCCUCAGAUCGCCACCCUCCACAGAGCCAUCAAGGUCACCGUGGAUGGACCGCGACUGCCGAGACGACAGAGACAGAAGGAGGUGAAGUCAGGCGUGUACAGACCUUCCCAUAGCAGCACUGCGUCAUCAGACUGCAGAUCCUUCCCCUCCUCGCUGUGGACCAACGAGCCCUCGUUCUUGGGCCACGUGACCUCUCGUCCCUCCUCCUUCGCUCCAGGUCCCAGGAUGCACCACCUGCCCGGCCCGCUCCCCUACUCCGCCCAGCCUCCUCCGUACGGCUCCUACCUGUCUGCCCCUCCUCCCCCUCCCCCUUCGCUGAGUGGCCACGGUGGUCCGUUCCAGUCCGGCGGCUUCUGCUACGGACCCAACCAACCGUUCCAGAACGCGGGGGAGGACAGAAACGUUGUCGCUGCACUGACCAAUUACAUUGAGGGGGCGUGUCUUUCUAUCAGAGGUGACGAGCCCGUCUGGAGACCUUAUUGAUGAUUGCAUGUAAUUUUAUAAUUCAAUUUUUGGUGAAGUUUUACUUUGUCUUCAUCCUUCUUCUAUCGACCUGUUAAAUUAAAAUCUUUGUGGUUUGUCCACAACUUGAA